AUGUCCACUCCAAGCAAAGUGGAAGAAAUUGAGGGCGACCUUUUCACUGCUCCAGAAGGCGCUGCUUUGAUUCACGCAUGCAAUUGCAAAGGGUCAUGGGGCGCUGGAAUUGCACUUGAGUUUAAGAAAAGAUACCCGGCCGCCUUCCGGGUCUAUAAGUCCUUCUGCGAUGAUUUCCAGAAGAAUCCCCAUUAUCUCACCACAACCCAACCUUCCGUUGGCGACGUUCAGGUCCAGCUCCCGGAAGGUCAUACUCUCAUAAUUCCACCGCAGCCAGAGGACUACGAGAAGAGUUCCGGAAAGAAGCACUGGAUAAUUUGUCUGUUCACGUCUUAUGGGCUUGGAGGAACUCUGAGCUCUCCCGCUGAGGUUCUCAGAAACACCGAGACUGCUCUCGCGGAUCUGAAAACACAGCUACAUGAGUCACAGUAUGCUGAAAUCGCUGGGCUGUACGCCUGUCGGAUCAACUCGGGGCUGUUUAAGGUCGAUUGGAAUCUUACAAAGCAGAAGAUGGAGCAGGCUGAUUUGGAUAUUACUGUUAUUUCUCCGUCGUGA